CUUUUGCAAUAAUAAUGACAAUAAAACGGGUAUAAAUUGCAUUUAUGAACGAAGUUAUACGCAUUAUUUGACUCAGAUCACUAGAAUUACUCCAUCACUAGUGAAGAAAAUGUUUGUCUUUGAAAUGCCAAGAGUGGUACUCAUACCAAAACCAUCACUAGCAAUUAUAAAUCGAUUCAUUCAAUUCUUUAUAUUCACAUAUUUCGUAAUAUAUGUUAUGUGGUUAAAGAAGGGUUAUCAGUCGUUCGAUCGUCCAAUCAGUGGUGUUGCAGUCAAAGUGAAUGGUGUUGCCUGGAAACAUAUAUUCAAGCAUCAGAAUCAUGAUGCGAAUGGAAUAAUUGUGCUGGACAGUGGAGAUUAUCUCCUUCAGCCUACACAGAAUUCUGGAUUUUAUCUAAUAACAACAAUUAAACACUUCGUUGUACAACGUAUGACAACGUGCAGUGAAGGUGAUCGGCUACCUGAUGCACAAUGUCUAGAAGAUCAACACUGUCCAGCCGGAUAUCAAGCUGGAUUCCAAGCAUUCGGUCAUGAUGGUGUCGUACCAGAUGAGAACUCGAUUGCAAUCGAUGAGAGUGGACAUGGAAUAUUCACAGGGAAAUGUUUGAAGGAUCAUGGGAAAUGUGAAAUAUUCGGAUGGUGUCCAACCGGUGAUGACUAUGAAUAUGAAUUGAGGAAAGAACGUAAUGCGAGGAUGAGAUUGAUUCGACCACCAAAUAUUGUAGAAGGAUAUUAUAAUUUUUUCACAGAUUUACGAUUUUUAGAAGUAAAAAAUCGAUUUAAUGAUCUUACACCACAUUCCGUUGAUCCUCUAUAUGAAGUUGUCAAUUUCACAAUGUUCAUUAAAAACAGCAUAGAAUUUCCUGCAUUCAAUACGAAACGACAAAAUGUUUUAUCCUGGAUGACAGAUGAUUAUCUACAAGAGUGUUUGUACAACCCUGAACAUGGAGUCGAUCGAUACUGUCCCAUCUUCCGUCUCGGUGAUGUAUUCAAAUUCGCUGGGACGAACACCAAUCGUUUGUUGAAAUAUGGUGGAGUGAUCGCCAUCACAAUCAGUUGGGAGUGUGAUUUGGACUGGUCUCCUGAAUACUGUUUACCGAAGUAUGAAUUUCUUGAAUUGGAGAGUGUUCACAAGGUGCGUAAACUUCGAGUGAAUAAUUCCACUUAUAGUCAUCAAGGUGGUUAUAUGAAGUGGUCACCGUCACAGUUAAAGGAUACAUCAACAUCAUCAACAACAACAACAGACAAUUCAGAUGCAACAUUUGAUUACACAUAUGCGGCACACACACCGAAGGAUGAAGAUGAUAUAAUAGGUGAUGAAGAGGUUGUUACAGUUCAUGAAGGCUCAGCUGUGCGUGUAACGUCAUACUUCGGUUAUGAUACAGAGAAUGUGAAAAAGAGGAGACGCAUUCUAGCUCAUGUCAAUGGGAUACAAUUCAUUAUCCGUGUCACUGGGAUUGCUGGGAAAUUUAAUUUACUUUCAUUCACAAUGAAACUUGGUUCUGGUCUUGGAUUGUUGGGUAUAUCUAAAAUACUCACUGAUAUGAUCCUAUAUCGGUUUACACGCGAUCGUAAACGCUAUAAACAGAUUGCUUGUGACAGCAAGACAGUGAAGCGUUUAUUAGCUAUAGCUGCACAAACUAGCCUGCCUGAAUCACGUCGUACACGACUAAUGCAUGCAAUUUCUGAUUCACAAGCAACCAGUCGGAAUGAUAUUCAAGGCGAUAAGGUGAUUCGAUUGAACAGAUAA